AUGGAAGAGGAAAAACUAAUUGAAUUUGUUCGCAAAUACGAAUUUAUAUAUAAUUUAAAACAUCCUAAAUAUAUGGAUAAUGUCAAGAAACAAAUUGCCUGGAAGGAAAUUGGGGAGCAACUAAAACAAUCCCCUGUUGCUUGUAAACAAAGGUGGCAAUGUCUUAGAGAUGCAUACAGGAGGGCUUUGAAUAAAAAAAAAGGAAAAAGCAAACAAGCAGCCAAAAAUAUAAAACAAUGGAAAUAUGAAAAAGAAAUGGCAUUUGUAGCUCCUUUUUUAAUCACAAGAAAAACUCAAGAUUCCAUCGAAAUUACAAGCGACGAUGAACUAUCUGACAAUGCCGAUGAGAUUCAUGAGAUAGAAUCCAAUGCUUCAGAAAACCCCAACACUGAUACUGAAAUCGACGACACUCUUGCCAAUGUUAGUGAUGUUAACAGUACUAAAUUAUCAAACGAACCCCCUCAAAAUGAGUCACAGCAAAUAAUAUAUACCAAGAACUCAAAAGCGGAGCUAGCAGCAUCUGCUAUAUUAAUGGCAAAAUUGCUCGAUGACCAAAAGAAACUCGAGCCACCCCGAGGAUAUGACGAGUUAGAUCGCUUUUUUUUAAACAUUUCUGAUACUGUUAAGAAGUUCUCACCGUAUGAACAAGCACUGGCGAAAAAUAAGAUAUUUUCUCUGGUGUCUGAAAUGGAACUACAACGACUUGCCCCAUCUAGUUCAUCUCCAUAUGCCUUCAAUCCAUCCCCGCAAUCAGCAAGUAGCGUAAAGCCAAUGCCGACAAGUCCUGAGAAUUGGAAUGAUGAAACGCAACAUUUUUUCCAUAAAUUUAAUACGCCUAAGUAAAA